UCCUCGUUCUUCUUCAUUCUUGAGCUUCCCUCCCACCUCGGCCCCGCCCCUUCUUCUUCCCCCACUCAUUAAAACACACCCCUUCAGCCGGGGCCAGCGUACACUCACACGAGCGACUGGCACGACCAGAAGGUGUCCGAGAGCACGAGCCUGGCGCAAGGAGCGAGCUCAGAAACUUUUGAUCGCGGUGAAGCGUCUUCAGACUGCAGGCGCUGGAGCGGCGCGUUACGGGAUUACGCGGCGCAUCGUGCCUCUCCCUCGGUCUGGCAUGUUCGAGGACUAAAGCGGACAGAAUUGAACUCCUGCUUUCAUACAAAGAGGAUUCAAUGAAAAUGUCUGUCUGCGUCCACGAGAACCGCAAGUCGCGGGCCAGCACGGGCUCCAUGAACAUCUACCUUUUCCACAAGUCUUCAUAUGCUGACAGCGUCCUGAUGCACCUGAAUGUACUCCGGCAGCAGAGGCUCUUCACUGAUGUCUUGCUACAUGCGGGCAGCCGUUCCUUCCCGUGCCACCGGGCAGUGCUGGCUGCCUGCAGCCGGUACUUUGAGGCAAUGUUCAGUGGUGGGCUGAGAGAAAGCCAAGCCAAGGAGGUGGACUUCAGAGACUCCAUUCAUCCAGAGGUGUUAGAGCUUCUUCUGGAUUACGCUUACUCAUCCCGUGUAGUCAUCAAUGAGGAGAAUGCUGAGUCUCUGCUGGAGGCAGGCGACAUGCUGGAGUUCCAGGACAUCCGUGAUGCCUGUGCCGAGUUCCUUGAGAAGAACCUUCAUCCAUCCAACUGCCUGGGCAUGUUGCUUCUGUCUGAUGCCCACCAAUGCACCCAACUGUCCCAGCUCUCCUGGAGCAUGUGUCUCAGUAACUUCCCUGCCAUCUGCAAGACGGAGGAGUUUCUGCAGCUGCCCAAGGACAUGCUAGUCCAGCUGCUUUCACACGAGGAGCUUGAGACAGAGGAUGAGAGGCUAGUUUAUGAGUCAGCACUCAACUGGGUGAACUAUGACCUGGAACGACGUCACUGCCACUUGCCUGAGCUGUUGCGCACUGUACGGCUUGCCCUCCUGCCUGCCAUCUUCCUUAUGGAGAAUGUCUCCACGGAGGAGCUCAUCAACACUCAGGCCAAGAGCAAGGAGCUGGUGGAUGAGGCCAUCCGUUGCAAGCUACGCAUCCUGCAGAAUGACGGUGUGGUCAACAGCCCUUGUGCCAGGCCACGCAAGACCAGCCAUGCCCUUUUCCUGCUAGGUGGUCCCACCUUUAUGUGUGACAAGCUCUACUUGGUGGACCAGAAGGCCAAGGAGAUCAUCCCAAAGGCAGACAUUCCCAGUCCACGGAAAGAGUUCAGCGCCUGCGCAAUUGGCUGCAAAGUUUAUGUGACAGGUGGCCGGGGCUCAGAGAAUGGUGUGUCCAAAGACGUUUGGGUGUAUGAUACCUUGCAUGAAGAGUGGUCCAAAGCAGCUCCCAUGCUCAUAGCUCGAUUUGGCCAUGGCUCGGCCGAACUGCGCCACUGCCUGUAUGUCGUAGGUGGUCACACAGCUGCGACUGGUUGCCUUCCAGCCUCUCCAUCAGUCUCCUUGAAACAGGUGGAGCAGUAUGACCCUAUUGCCAACAAGUGGAGCAUGGUGGCACCUCUACGUGAAGGUGUCAGCAAUGCAGCCGUUGUCAGUGUCAAGCUGAAGCUGUUUGCUUUUGGAGGAACAAGCGUGGCCCAUGACAAGCUCCCCAAGGUCCAGUGCUAUGAUCCGGUGGAGAACCACUGGACCGUCCCAGCGUCUUGCCCACAGCCAUGGCGCUACACUGCAGCUGCUGUUUUAGGGAACCAGAUCUUCGUAAUGGGUGGCGAUACUGAGUUCUCUGCCUGUUCCGCCUACAAGUUCAGCAGCGAAACCUACCAGUGGACUAAAGUAGGUGAUGUUACAGCUAAGCGAAUGAGCUGCCAGGCAGUAGCCUCGGGGAACAAACUGUACGUGGUUGGAGGCUAUUUUGGAACACAGCGCUGCAAAACACUAGACUGCUAUGAUCCUACGUUGGAUGCCUGGAACAGCAUAACCACUGUACCCUAUUCUCUAAUCCCUACUGCCUUCGUAAGCACCUGGAAGCACCUCCCAGCCUGACAACUGCAUGCCUUGCCUGUCCCUUGACCUUCUUUCAUCCUGUGAGAUUCCCCAUUUUCCAUAAUUGUUAAUGUCUACUGGAUUCCAACUGUGAAGAUUUUUGCCAUUCUGUGCAAUUUCAUCGAAAGACAUUUUUUUCCAUUAAAAGCUGAACUUUGAUGUUUAAGACAUCCAGCCACAAAGCUCUUCUUUUUGCGCUGUGAGUUAGUACUUCAGAGAACUUCCUGCUUUGGGAUAGACAUUUGCGUAGACGUUGCAAUGUCAUUCUUUCAUCUUUGUGGAGUCUUGGAACGACGUGUUUGCAGUGGCAACCAAACAAACCAAUCCCCGCACAUCUGAAAAGACCACUUAGCAACCAGCAUGUUUCAGUGUCCCGUCUGUUGUGUUGGUGCGUGUUGUUUGAUUUUUUUUGUUUUGUUUUUAUAUGAAGACAAUGGUGUGUAAGCUAAAUAUAGACUCUAUCUGAAAACAAGCCUCGCUUUAAAGAGCAACCAGUGAACCUGAAAAGAGGAGGAACCUUAGGAUGAAGGGACCAAAACUUCUCCUCCUCUAAUGUUUCCUUUUCCUACAAUUACCAGACGAAGUCUCUCUUGCUCAGAGUUAAAGGACGGAGAUAGGGGAAAGAAGAGAAGAGAAGAGAAGAGGCUUAUUACACCCACGAAAACAAAAAUUGUCCUCUUUUCCCAUCCGUAAAGGAUGAAAGCAAAGAGACAAACAACUUGUUUGUCCCUUAUUGCCUCUGUUUGAACAGGAACGGGCUGAUGCUGGCCUGUUCCCGACAAACAGACCCUGGCAGCCUGGUGUGAAACUGGCUGUCAGAAUGCAUCCUGAGGCGAGGCACACACCAGCUGUGUGUUUGUGUAUGAGCGUGUGUGUGUGUGUGUGUGUGUGUGUGUGUGUGUGUGUGUGGAGAAGGUCAGCAUGUCCCAGCAUGUUCUCCUGAGUGAGAAUCCAGCUGACAAUACUCUAAUGUCCAUUCUUCUUCCAAAAAGACACCAAAAACAAAGGAUGGAGCAUGCCCACUGUGGACUUAAUGAAGGGAUAACUGGAUGACCAACAAACAGACGGCUCCUAAUGACCUCCACGCAGAGAACAUUGGAGAAUAGACUGUUCCACCGGUGAAAAGUUAGGCUGCUUAUGAUAGACGCUUAGCCUUGUUAUAAGGUGUCGAGCAGUUCUAUUCUAACACAUAUGGCCUGAGUAAAAACGUGAAAGACAGGGCGAUAAAGAGAGAGAGGUGAGAGUCAUUCUGUCAGCUGGAGAGGGAAUGUAGUCUCCAUGGCAACAACAAUGAGCAACCUGAACUUAAAAAAAAAAAAGUAAAAAAAAAAAAACUUGAUUUUUUUUUUCUUUUCCUGGAAAAAAAAGAAACUGGCUGUCUUAAGACCUUUCAGUGUCAACUCAUAGUCUUAAUUUAUGAGAUUUUUUUUACAGUUGUUUUUUUUUAUUGUUAGUUUUGUUGUUUAUUUGAACUGUGUGUUAUAUUUUUUGUAUUUAUUGAUAAUCUGCUUGCAUACAUAUCCGGAUGUACAGAUGUUGGCGAGUGUUUUGUGCUACGCAUGGCCCAUAUUUGCUCUGUGUAACCUAAAAACUGCUCUUUUGCACAUAUCUAGCUACGUCAUGCCGUUUUGGUUGUGCCAGGGCGGAAUUCGUAGGAGUCAGCAACCGCUUGGACCUCUGGCUCGUCUGACCUGAAAAGGGUCGCGGGCCUGGGGUCGUAGGUCAUUGCCUGGAUAACAAUGGGAGGGAUGACGUCAUGGGAUCAGAUUACCCAGAGUGCAAAGGGACAGGUCAGCGGGGGUAUGGGGUUCGGGGUGGGGGGGUUGCAAGAAGGAAGGAUCAGAUGUUUGGAAUUGAUGUAGUGAGCUGUUCAGAAAGGUUCCUAUUAUGUCCAGUAAGGACAGACCUAUAACACAAAUGUUAUGCUAAAUUUUUAAGCUACACCUAGCCCUUUAUUUUGGAAGCUGAACUUACUAGUAAUGUAAAACUUACUUGACAUCAAACUGCAUCUAUUAAAACACCCCUUAGCUGCAAUAAUUCCAAUGCUAAUGCUAAUCAAGUUGGACUGCAGUGCAAGUCCCCAAACAGAAUAAAGAGAUAGUUCAAACAAGCAGUCAUGCUAAUCAGCAUCAUCCCUUGUUAGCCACUUUAGCACUUCUGUUUGGUUGAACUAUCCAUUUAACACCUGUAGCUGACAAACCUUAGCUGACAGCCACAGCAUGCCACCCGAAUGCUAAACAGGGCCAGCGCGGCAUCUUGCUGACCCUGCUAGGUCAAUCCCUUCAGCAGUGCUCAAACACGGCCUGACCCAGGGUCAGCAUGAGUGGUAAAGGCCUUGAGGCACUCUGUGAGAAAUCUGCAUCUGCAGCUGCUCCCAGAACAGCUGGAACUGUCACUGUGUCGUAGGUGUGACUUGCAGCACAGCGCAGGGGUGUUAAGUGUUGUUAGCGCGCUCUACACAAACUGGCCUCAGAUCAGGAGCUCUGUCACCAACACCUGCAAGCAGAAUGAUUGGCCUGUCCACAGAAGUUGGACUGUAACGUUGCGUCCUCCCAGGGUGUUCUAUUCUGCCAGUCUAAAACGAAUGGAAGAUUUUUUCCACAAGCAUUUUAAAUGCUAUCCAUUGAAGGCAGCCAACUGUGGUGUUGUAUGGAUCACAUAUACAAUGAUAAAGGCAAUGUUGAUGAUGCUUAAUCCCAAAGUUUCUUAAAAGGACUUUUUAAAGGCAAUGUCUAAGCAAGGGCAGACACCAUAGUGCUUUUUAACCAGUGCCAAGGACAUUGUCUGUAUAGUGCAAUGGUUCUCAGUUCCAACUCUGCAGUACCCAUGCACUGCACUCUUGACUCAGCUCAUGAGCUAUUGAGUAAAAAGCAAGGGAAAACCCAGGGAGAAGAACUGCAUGUGAGAACCAAUGGUAUAGCUAGGCGUCUUGUGAGUUUGAUAUUAGGAUAAGGUUGCUGAACAAGGAACACCCACAAGUCUGUCAAACAAUGUUGCUAGCACAAUUUGCUACGUGUGAUUCCUCUGACAACACUGUGCUUCAGCUAAGCGCAAACAACUAGCUAUUGCUUGUGCUUUAGUGGAUCACUCAGAUGCUCUUGAAACCUCCAAACCCAUUGCUUGAAUGGUAUUAUGUGUGCUUUAUUAUUAGUCAAGCUAGUUCCAGCUCCAUAGCAGAUCUCUGUAAAAGCAAUGGCAAACUUUUGCAUCUAGUUCCUUGCGGAAUGGACUUAGCAUGAGCAUUAGCCAAUAUGCACACUGAAAGAGAGAGCAAGCAAGAAAGAGAGAAGGCUGUGAGGGGUCAAGCUUCACAUUCCUUCCCAGACCCUCCUCCCCUUCCACCUACACCUUUCUUCAACAGAGUAGUUUAAGGGAAUUCCUGCUUUUACCCUACUGCCUUUGAGGUUCUCAUAUCCACUCCUGAAACUUUAAAGGCCUCCCUCCCCCAGGACCUUUUUCCAGAACACUGCACACACCAAACCCCCAGCCGGCCAAUCAGAUAGCCCCUUCUCACCCCUUCUCAUGUGCUGUUGCCCGGGCGAUGGUCAACAGUCACCCGUCCCAACCCCCUUCAUUUAAACUGGUAGUCGUCAAGUGUUUUGUUUUUCUUCUCUCCCCCUCUCCCUUUUUUCCCCCUCACUGACCCCCAAGCUGAAGAGCAACCAGGAGGUGGGCAGUGGGCUUUGCGCGUGGCGUCAGAUCUUAGGCUGGACAUACCAUGUGCAAGCAUGUAAACGUGAAUGGUUCUAGCCAGUAAAAUCAAUUUAACGUUGUUGGAUACUACAUGAAAAUUCAUAAUGCAGCACAAGCACAAUCUGCAUUCAGAACGUUGCAGCAAGGGUGUGCUAUAUCAAAUAAAAUACAGGCACAGGUUGGACAAAAAAGUUUUUUGCUUCCGCCAAAAGUGCGGUUUGUAUCAGGUAAAGCGGUAUAAGACUCCGCAACUCUUGAGACGGAUUGAUUUUGUAGCUAUUGGAAUAAUAACAGAUCCGGACAAAUUAUAUAUUUACAUCACCCCUUUUGAGUUUACGACCCCCAAAGUCACAUAGGAUUGCACGUUAAGGAUGUACAAGGGGACCAUUCACUUGCAGUGCUAUGGCUGAGAGUUGUCGUUUGUGUUUGCAUUCUUGCCUGGGAUGUUUCUGGCCGUAACCAUCAUAUGCCUUUGUCAAUGGACGCAUUGAUCGGACGCUGUCAAUGUUGGGCUGUACUGUUCUAUCCUGUAUGUCUUACUAUGUUACGUUGUUCUGUUGUUGCUCUAUUUCAACCAUGGCGGUUAAUGUUAUUUUGUACAAGUGAUUUUUUUCACAAUGUGAAAUUCAUGGCAAAAUAAACAUAAGAGUUUUUUCCUCUUAAUUGUUACAAA